AUGUCUUCCCGUCCCAAUAACGAGGAGCCUCUUCCUCUCCUCUCCGCCGAGGAGAGAGAGCGUGAUAUCAAGGGCGAGCUCGAUGUCGAGAGCGACGCUGGCCGAGCCGAGCCUCCCAAGAACAACAACCUUGAGCAUGAGUACUCUAUCCCCAGUACCGUCAAGUUCGCAUGGCUCGGAACCUACUUUUUCUUCUCUCUGCUCCUCACUCUUUACAACAAGCUUGUUCUGGGAAUGUUCCACUUCCCAUGGCUCUUGACUUUCCUCCACGCCUCGUUCGCCAGUGUCGGCACCUAUGUCAUGAUGCAAAUGGGUUACUUUAAGCUCUCACGAUUGGGGCGUCGCGAGAACCUCGCCCUCGUUGCUUUCAGUGCUCUCUUCACUGCCAACAUCGCCGUUUCCAACCUGUCUCUCGCUAUGGUCUCCGUUCCCUUCUACCAGACCAUGCGCAUGCUCUGCCCGAUCUUCACCAUCCUUAUCUACCGCACUUACUACGGCCGAACCUAUAGCACCAUGACAUACCUUUCUCUCCUGCCUCUUAUCGUCGGUGCUGCCAUGACCACCCUAGGUGAGAUGAGCUUCACUGACGCCGGCUUCCUUCUCACUAUUCUUGGUGUCGUGCUCGCCGCUCUCAAGACUGUCGUCACCAACCGAUUCAUGACUGGAUCUCUCGCUCUCCCCCCGAUCGAGUUCCUCCUCCGCAUGUCUCCUCUCGCUGCUCUUCAGGCUCUGGCUUGCGCUACUGCCACCGGUGAAGUUAGCGGCUUCCACAAGCUCAUCACCUCUGGGGACGUUUCUCUCCCCCCCGCUUUCGCCUCGCUCUUCGGAAACGGUUUCCUCGCCCUUCUGCUCAACAUCUCGUCUUUCAACACCAACAAGCUUGCUGGUGCUCUGACCAUGACCGUCUGUGGUAACCUCAAGCAGUGCUUGACUGUUGCCCUCGGCAUCUUCCUCUUCGACGUGACCAUCGAUCUGCUUAACGGUGCUGGUAUGGCCGUCACAAUGCUUGGUGCUGCCAUCUACAGCAAGGCCGAACUCGACAACAAGAACCGCAAGAGCCAACAGGCUGCUGCCGCCGCUUACAAGCCCGUCGAGCAACAGGCUCGGUAA